AUGAAGGGUGUGGUGAGAUUUGGUAAGAAAGGGAAGUUAUCACCAAGGUUUGUCGGACCUUUUGAAAUUGUGGGAAGGGUAGGAGAUUUGGCUUAUAGGCUUGCCUUACCUCCUAGUAUGUCUGGUGUGCAUAAUGUGUUCCAUGUGUCUAUGUUGAGGAAGUAUGUCCAGGAUGAGUCACAUGUGAUCGAUUAUGGCACGAUUAAGGUGCAUGCGGAUAUGACCUUUGUUGUUGAACCUGCUCGUAUUUUGGAUAGGUCAACAAAGCAACUUCGAAGGAAGGAAGCUAACUUGGUCAAGGUAUUGUGGAGUCACCAUGACAAGAGGAUGCUUCUUAGGAGUUGGAGUCGGAUAUGA